AUGAGCUCCACGGCCUUACUAACGGCGUCAACGUCCCCGCCGCCGUCGCGCGAACCGGAAUACGCUGCGCUGGACUCGCUCGAGACUCCGCUGUCCCAUGCCAUCGACAUGGGCGUCAAAAUCUCGGCCUCCGAGGCGGAGGCGGCUGCGGCCGGCGCCUACGUGACGGCCUCGUCGUCCUGCGGGGCGUCCACCGCCCGCAUCAAGCAGAACCCCUUCACGUACACGACGCCCGUGGACACGUACGAGAAGUGCAAGAUGACGGUGCUGUGCCUCCUGGGCGUGCCGUUGCUGCGCGUCGUGCUGCUGCUCUGCGUGGGCAUUCUACUCACCAUCGUGAGCCACUUGGCGCUCAUCGGGUACAAGCCGCUGGACGCGCACACGGGAGCGAGGCCGCCGCUGCCGCAUUGGCGGCGCGUGGUGGGCGCCCCCGUGUCCAUUCUACUGCGCGCGCUCAUGUUUCUCGUCGGGUACUACUGGAUCCCCGUCAAGUACCCGCCCAACUUCGACCGGCGCACCAUGCCGCGCGUGAUCGUGAGCAACCACUUGACGUUCUUCGACGGCCUCUACAUCUUCACGCUGCUGUCGCCCAGCAUCGCCAUGAAGACGGACGUGGCCAACCUGCCGCUCAUCAGCCGCAUCGUGCAGAUGAUUCAGCCCAUUCUCAUCGACCGCGGCACGGCGGACGGACGCAAGCGCGCCAUGAACGACAUCACGUCGCACGUGGCCGACCCGAGCAAGCCGCCGCUGCUGGUCUUCCCGGAGGGCACGACGUCGAACCAGCAGGCGCUGACCAAGUUCAAGGUUGGGUCCUUCGUGUCGGGCGUCCCGUGCCAGCCGGUGGUGCUGCGGUAUCCGUACAAGCACUUCGACAUGAGCUGGCCGCCCGGAGUGUCCGGACUCUACUUGGCGCUGCGCGUGCUGUGUCAAGUGUACAACCGAAUGGAGGUGGAGAUUCUACCGGCGUACUACCCGUCGCAGCGCGAGCAGAACGACCCGCAGCUGUACGCGAACAACGUCCGCGAUGUGAUGGCGCAGGCGCUGGGAAUACCCACGACGAACCAUGCGUUCGAGGACGUGGCGAUGCUGAUGCGCGUCGGAGACUACGCCACCAAGCACGUCGUGCCGCUCACUGACGUAGGCGAGGUCAUCUCUCUCACGGCAUUGAAGCGUAACGAUGUGGACCUCCUGGUCGAGUACUUCCGCGAGCACGACCUGGACAAGGACGGCCAACUGUCCAUGGAGGAGCUGCGCAAGCUCUUCCCGGCCGACGACCCGGUGGUCGUCGACCAGCUCUUUGACCUCGUGGACGUGGACGACAGCGGCCUCAUUGACUUCCGCGAGCUGUGUUUGGCCCUGCGCGCAUUGAACCCGCAGAGCGUCAACGAAGGAGCCGACGCGCUGGCCAAGUUCGCCUUCCGCCUCUACGACCUCGACAACAACGGACUCAUCGACGCCGCCGAGCUGGAGCAGAUGCUGCACUUCCAGCGCGACUUCUACGGCGUGCCCGAGACCAGCGUCGCUGCGGUGCUGCGUCAGGCGUCACACGCUCAGGCGGAGAACGGCGGCGUUGGCAUCACCUUCAAGCGGUUUGAGCAGCUGGUGGAGCAAAACCCCGAACUGUUAGGAUACGUGCGCAACAAGCUCGAAGUGCUGCGUGGGUCCUUGCGCGAGAGCAGCAGCCAGGAGAUUCUACCUCGUCCGUAG